AUGACUUGGCAUGAUGAUCUAUUCAAUGUGAUAUCUCAAUGUGCGCCAAAAAAUGUUUCUUCACAACAAAAAAAACACCUAUAUUCAGAUAUACUUGAUUUAUUAGAGAGCAUAGUUAUUGAUCAAAAAAGGCUUUUUCAAGAUUCUGUUUUGCGCAGAUUGAUUACCCAAUAUGAGGGGAUAACUAGUCCAAUUGAUGACCGAGGUUCAAGUCUAGAGACUUUGGAAAAAUGGAAUAAACUUUACAAUAUAAUAAAAACAUUAGCAAUGUGCACAGAUAAAAAUUCAAUGAUUCAACAAUUAAAAAUGUUAAAUACAGUACUUUCUCCAAUAAGAUCCGAUAACGGUUCUUUUAUAAUACCAAAUAACAACAUUAUUGAAAGUCCUUAUUCCAAUAGAAGAAAUUCUACCAUAGAUUUAGAUUCGCCGUCUCCCAUUGAAAAACAUGCGAAUAAAAAUUAUAGUAACCGUGAUUCAUUUGAGUCAUUUGAAAACUUGGAGGAUAGACUAAGCGAAAUAAGGAGCCGAUCUUCUAGAUACACACAUAUCAGCAAAACAAACGGGUUAGUGCCCUCAGCACUUGAGGAUUAUACGGAAACUCUGAGGGCGUUUAGUGAUAAAUACUAUCCUGAUUUACUUUCUGAAAAUGAGCUUCUAAAACACAUGUCUUACACUUUAUUAGGAAUAACAACAGCACUUUUCCCCAUCAAAAAUGACACAACGAUACAAAUACAAAUACCAACUAAUGUUAGUAAUGGGGACAGCGCAAUAUUACACAAUAUUUUUGAAGCUUCUAUUCUUUACCAGUAUUUGAACAAUUUUUUACAGAAAAUUCAAAAUUUCAAUCACAAUUCUGUUGCAUAUAAUAUAACGCCAUUGAAAAUAUCAUUACUUUCGAAACUUCAAUCAAAUUUGCAAACGUAUAUGGAAUUUGUAAACCAUGAUGUUGUGUUAGCUAGAUCGUUGAAGGAGGUGUAUUUAUUAAUUUAUGACAAAAUUCUAGAACUUAGAUUUUAUAAAUAUGUUAUUGAUCUAGUGCCAACAAAGCAUGGUGAUGAAUUGUUGUCAUUUCUAAAGAAGUUACAGAACCAUGGGGAUAAGGAAUUAGAAUAUUGGUCUAAUGAUUUGGCAACAGCAAUGCAAGGUCUUUAUGAAACAUAUUUAAUUAAUUGGUUGACCAAGGGGGAAUUGGAUGCUUCCUUUUCCAGUAGUCUUGAUUUUUUUAUAUAUUACGACAAUUCUGCUAAGAAAGAAGAAAAAACAACUUUAAAUUCAUCCUUACUUAUGAAUACACGUCAUGGAGGUUUCAUUGAUUUGGAUAGGUACAAACUGAACAAAAAUAAGAUACCAUUUUAUUUAUUUUCCUUUUCUAAGAGUCUAAGUGAAAAGUUGGGUUACAAAGUGUACGAAAUUGGAAAAAGUUUAUUGUACUUAUUAUAUUACUGUGAAGAAUUUUCCUGGGUUAAUGAAUUUACCAGAACUUUUGAGCAGCAUUUUUCCAAAAUCAAUAUUUUUGUAAAACAAGAAGAGUUUAUAUCCAUUAUCGAGAAACAAUACUAUAGUGUUAUUGAUUAUAUUCACAAAGUCUUAGAAGAUAAAUACUAUUUUAUGGAGGUCAUUAAAAUGCUAAAAGAUUUGUUACUUAUGGGCAACGGGAAUUUUAUCAGCAUUGUUUUAAGAGAAUCGCAGUCUUUUUUAAAUGCUGAAGCACAAUUUUUACAAAGCUCUGCUUUAACUAAUUCGUUAAGGAUUUCCAUACAGUCAAGCUCGCUACGUCAUUUGUUGAACAAAUAUGAUAAUAAUGAAAUAGUAAAUUGUGUUGAUGCUCGUAUCUUAGAAUCAGGACAUGGGUCAAUUGGUUGGGAUGUGUUUACUUUGGACUUCAUAAUAUUCAAACCAUUAGAGAUUGUGAUUGGUGCUGAUAAAAAGAAAAACUAUCUAAAGAUAUUUAAUUUUUUGUGGAAAUUGAAAAGGGUUGAGUUUGAAUCUCUUAAAUGGUGGGAAACGAAUAAUUCUAUAGUACGGGAUUUUACUAAGCUACGCCAGGCGGAAAGUAAUAAUAAUAAACCAUUAAUUAAAGAUAUAUUGUCGAAAUUUUCAAAGAUAAAUUGUUGUCGUCAUAUUAUCUUCACAUUUAUCGAAAAAGUACAGAGUUAUUUAUUUUUAUUUUUUAUUGAAGUGGAAUAUUCUAAAUUUAUGAAUGAGUACAGGUUAUCUAUCAACACUAAGAAUAGAGUGGGUAUGAAUAGUAACGACACUAGUUUCUCUGAGAUAAACAACACAGAUAACAUUUUAUUGCCUUCUGGGAUAGGUGUGCCUUUAAAUGGGUUGGGCGACAGUUUGAAUAUGGAGGAGCUUAAGGAAUUACAUGAAAACUUUAUAAAAAGUUUAGUGGAUCAUAUAUUAUUAACCAACUCUAAUAAUAAUUAUGUAGGAAAAAUUUCUGGGCAAUUUUACUCUACUUCAUUAACUUCAAUGAUAAAAAGCAUUUUACAAUUUACCAAAACUUAUAAUAUCUUAAAUGAGACUAUGUAUGAAAUUUAUUUAAAGUUUAAUUUAUCCUCGAUUGAUGGUUUGAAUUCUAUUUUAUCUAAAUUCAACAACUCAUUGUUACAAAUAGCUAAGGAUUUUAAAGUUUUUGAGGAGCAAAAAAAUGUUUUGCUAAGAGACUUAAGGUUGGAUACGAACUUGCCUCAAACAGCUUUAGAAUUAAGUAAUUUUCUAAGGUAG